CUUAGUAGCUAGAGGCUAUGUUCAUGCAACUGUAAAAUUGUUGGUUAAAGGCUAUGUGCAUAGUGGUUUAAGCAAACUAGUUAGAGGCUAUGUUCAUAGCUCUCUAACAAACUAGUUAGGGACUAUGUUCAUUCAACAGUAUACUAGUUAGAGGUUAUGUUGGUGCUCUAAGCAGACUGGUUAGAGGUUAUGUUGAAGGUGCUCUAAGCAGACUGGUUGGAGAGUAUUUGAAAUGAGGACGCUGUACUGUCGCCCGCCUCACAGGCUGUGGGUUGUGUUUUUCUGUUUGGUCCUUGUAUCCAUCAAUUCGGUGUUUCUGUUAAUGCUCAACACCAGGGAUGGACCCAGGCUACAGGAUAAAGAGUUGCCUGAACAAUCUAAACAUAAUGGGAAGCUACUCGUCACAGAACUCACGUUUACCAGACGAGUUGUCCAACUUUUCAGAAACCUUAUCGGACUUGGCUCGCCGAAACAGCACACAACUUCUGAUGACGUAGACGGUAAUUCCACGGGGGCCGGAUGUUUUCCAGAGUUUGAGUGGGUGGACUGGAACAACUACACCCUGAUGGCAGAAGACGCCAACAGGACGGGUCUAGGAGAACAGGGCGAGGCCGUCCAUCCCGACCCUAACAAAACGUUGACCGGCACUGAAGCAGAACUCAACUCCAAGUACAGGUAUAACGUCGUGCUCAGUGACCUCAUCUCCGUGGAGAGGUCAAUAGGUGACCUCAGGACGCCCGCGUGCAAGAAACAAAAGUUCAUCAAAAACAUUCCCCGGAACUCUGUCAGCAUUAUAUCCGUGUUUUAUAACGAAAGGUCAUCGACCUUACGCCGGACAUUGCAUAGCAUCUUUAAAAGGUCACCAAAUUCGUUGUUGAGAGAGGUCAUCCUUGUAGAUGACGCGAGCAGUGAGGAUGAGCUGAAGGAACCUCUUGAUGACUACGUGAGUAAACAUUUCCCGAAAGUAAAAAUUGUGAGAAAUGGUCGCAGAGAAGGUUUAAUCCACAGCAGGAUGAUCGGUGCUGAUGCUUCCACCGGCAAGUACCUUGUGUUCUUGGACUCUCAUAUGGAGGUCAACUACAACUACCUGCCCCCUCUGAUAGAGCCGAUGGUUUUCAACUCUAGAGCCAUCGUCUGCCCCAUGGUGGACUUCAUCAACGCCGACACGCUGAUGGUGGACGGACUGACCAGCCGAGUCCGCAGUGGAUUCGACUGGACCAUGGCGUACAAGCGAAUGCCAAUGAAACCUAUGGAUGAGACCACGCCCCAUCCUACCCCAUCUAUGGUGGGAUGCGCAUUCGCCAUCACGCGCAGGUGGUGGGAGGAGCUAGGGAAAUACGACCCCGGGCUGCGGAUAUGGAGCGCGGAGCAGUACGAGAUCUCGUUCAAGUCGUGGAUGUGUGGCGGAAGUGUGGUGGACGCGCCGUGCUCGCGCAUCGCGCAUCUCUUCCGGCCACUUCCGUACGCCCAGGACCUGUACGCCGAUGACGUAGUUAACAAAAACUUCCUGCGUCUGGCGUCGGUCUGGAUGGACGAGUACAAAGAGGUCGUCAUGACCCUCAGACCGGGAAUGAAGCAACUCGACCCUGGCAACCUCACCAGCCAACACGAACUCCGCAGAAGAUUAAACUGCAAAUCUUUUAAAUGGUUUCUUGACGAGGUGGCGCCGGAUAUCCUCUUACAUUACCCCAUAACCACGCCCCCUUCUGUAGCUAACGGAAAAAUCCGAAAUGCUAAAAAUAGCUCUUUGUGUAUUCAAGCCAAUGAGGAUCAAUUAUCAUUAACUAGUUGCUUAAGCCCAUCUGCUGCAUCCUUCACCUUCGACUGGAGGUACCACAUCCGGAGCGGGAAAUGUUUCGCUAACCCCGUCGCUGAUUUUGUUUACAUGUUUGAGUGCCUGGACUUCGAGGACAGGCCGACACAGCUGUUUGCGUGGGAUCGAAACUCGGGGAGGAUUGCCAACUUUUACACCCGGCUGUGUCUGGACUUUGAUGCGCCCACCCUGGGGCUCAAGAUGAAAGAAUGUAACGCCACUGUCCAGACUCAAGGCUGGACGCUGGACAAUGUCAACGUGACCUUGGCUGACCGGAUGUGGUCAAGGUAUCAGUCGGUCAUCUACCAGUAUGGCUGAAGUUCAUGAACACACCAUAAUGUUUAUAUGGUUAUAACACACCAUAAUGUUAUAUCGUUAUAACACACCAUAAUGUUUAUAUCACACACACUUCUGGUUAUUUAUUUAUUUAAACAACUCCCC